AUGGCAAACGACAGCUCCUUGGCAGUCCACGGCUCCCUUGCUUACGAUGACUUUGCCAGUUCUGACUGGUACAUGUAUGAAUCCAUGGAACCCGAGACGCCACCAGAUGAUAUGCUUCCUAAUGUUAUCCUAGCCUGCGAUCCCACCAUCCCCUACCGUCUUUAUCACACCUGCAUGGCUCCUAUAUCUCUGGCCGUGCUGAUAGUCUUGUCUCUGUUGGUGAAACGCAAGAGCCUCUAUAAAAGCUCUUGGAAUGGAGCACCUGGACUGCUGAGCCCUGUGAAUUUCUUGGAGGUGGAGGGCCACCAGGGGCUGGUGGCAGCAGUGUUUGGAAUCCUCUUCUCUUCUAUUUGUGUGCUGGUGCUGGAUACCGACCCCCUGCCUUUCAUUGCCAGCUCCUCCCCGCGUAGUCGAGAGUACUGGAAGAUCAUGGCUUUACUCUAUUACCCUGCCUUCUAUUAUCCUUUAAUUGCAUGCGCCACAAUCAGACACCGAGCCGGGUACUUCGUAGGCUGCUUGCUCUCCUGGUGCCACUGUGUGGUCCAUAUCUGGCAGAAAGUGGACUGCCCUCAGUCGCCCAAGAUUUACAGGUAUUAUUCCCUGCUGUCUUAUGUUCCUAUUAUCCUCUGCCUCAUUGUCCUGAGCAUUUGGUAUCCAGUGCUGCUUGUCAGGAGCUUCACACAGGAGAAACCAGCUGCUAGAGAGGAAGAUACUAGGGGCACGUCUUCGCUACCCGCCGGAUCGGCGGGUAGCAGUCAAUCUAUUGGGGAUCAACUUAUCGCGUCUAGUGAAGACGCAAUAAAAUCGAUCCCCGAUGGCUCUGCCGUCGACUCCGCUUCCGCCUCUUGCCGCGGUGGAUUUCCGGAGUUGACGGCGGAGCGGCAGCGGUCGACUCGCCGCCGUCCUCACAGCCAGGUUGUAGGGAGUGGCUAUUAUAAUGAAUACCUGAAGACUAUCCUGGCCAAAAGAACACACAAAAGAAGCUCCAGGAAAGUAAGUCUCCUCUCGAGGGCCCAGAUGUAUUUACGUUCUUACAUCUACACACCCCAGGAAGGGUUCCAGGUUCCUCUGAAGCUGGUUCUCUCUGUAACCACAGCUGUGAUUGCUGUUUACCAGGUGGCCUUGCUGCUGCUCGUCGUCUUCAUCCCCAACAUUCAGAUAGUGAGGGCAGGGAUGACGAAGGAAAUCACCGUCCUGCUGGUUCAGUUUGGUGUCGUGCCCUCGGAGAACCCGGGCGGUGUCCCUGGAGACAUGGAGCGGGAGCUAGACACAGUCAGAUACUAUCUCUGGUCACUGGAAGUGUGCUAUGUCUGCUCCCUUGUGCUCUCCUGCCUGCUCACCUUCUCCAUGCUGAUGAGAUCCCUGGUGAUGCACAGGGCCAAUCUGAAGGCUCUGUACCGAGGGGAUGUCCUAGAUGUCUUCUACCGUGCCCGGAUGCUCUGCCCUUCCCAACAGGCUCUGGUCUGUUGGAUGAGCUUUGCCAGCUUCCAGACUGCAUUCGCCUGCUUGGGUCUCCUCACCCAGCAAGUGAUUUUCUUUGUCUGCACCGUGGGCUUCACCUUCCUAGUGGUCAUUCCACUCCAGUCAGGCACAAAUAUGCAUCUGUUUAAAAUCCUGGAGAACAUGUGGCCCUUCUGGCUGACGCUGGUGCUUUCUGUGGUCGUGCAGAACUUGCUUGCUCAUUUCCACUUCCUAGAGAAACACCACCUGCAGAAGGAGCUGACCAACAGGCGAGCUCUCUGCAUCAUGACCUACCUGCUCUUCCCCAUCAACGUCCUGGUGGGGGUCCUGGCUGGGGUCUGGAGAAUGGUCAUUUCUGCACUUUACAACGCUGUCCAUUUCUGCCAGCUGGACAUCAGUCUGCUGAAUCGGGGCGUCGAGGCCUUCGAUCCAGGUUACCGCACUUACUGUCAUUACUUGAAAAUUGAGGUCAGCCAAUCACACCCUGUGAUGAAAGCCUUUUGCUUCUUGCUUCUCCAAUUAUCUGGCCCAGAGGGGCAGACAGGACUCAAACCCACUGAUGUGGAAGAAGGGAUCCAGCUGAUGCAGCCUGUGAAGGGACUGCUGAAGGCAUCCAAGUCCAAGCAGACGAGAGCCCGGUGGGGGCUGGCCUACACCCUCCUCAACAAUCCAUCGCUCUUGGCCUGCCGAAAGACUGUGCUCUCCGACCCCACAGCCAACGGGACCCAGUCUUGCCCUGCCAAGCCCUGA